AUGCUGGAAUAUGUUGGUAAUGAUGAAGGACAAGUUGAAGAGAGGGGUGAUGUUGAUUGUGAAGAAGUGGAAGUUGAUGUUGUUAUGGAGGAAGAGGUUGAUGGAGUUGAACAAGUUCAGGAAGUUGGUGGUGAUUGUGAAGAAGUGGAAGUUGGUGGUGAUGGUGAACAUGAAGGUGUAGAAGAGAAUGAAGUUGAUGCUGUUAUGGAGGAAGAGGUUGAUGGAGUUGAACAAGUUCAGGAAGUUGGUGGUGAUUGUGAAGAAGUGGAAGUUGGUGGUGAUGGUGAACAUGAAGGUGUAGAAGAGAAUGAAGUUGAGGCUCUUAUGGAGGAAGAGGUUACUGGAGUUGAACAAGUUCAAGAAGUUGGUGGUGAUGGUGAAGAAGUGGAAGUUGGUGGUGAUGGUGAACAUGAAGGUGUAGAAGAGAAUGAAGUUGAGGCUGUUAUGGAGGAAGAGGUUGAUGGAGUUGAACAAGUUCAGGAAGUUGGUGGUGAUGGUGAAGAAGUGGAAGUUGGUGGUGAUGGUGAACAUGAAGGUGUAUAA